CACACAACUUUAUUUUGUUCAAAUUAUAGACCACUCUUGUGUGUAGAGAUAGGCUGUGGCUCUGGUGCGCUGAUAACAUUUUUGGCCUCCAUACUUGGACCAUUAUCCUACUACAUGUGAGUCAAGGUGCAUUUUAUAGUUCUCCAUGUUUGUGUCUACUCUUCCUUGUCUUUCACUGACCUGCAGCAGGAGUAAAUAGCUUAUAAAAAUUCAUAAUAGAAGGAAGGUGGGAGAUAUAUGUGCAAGGUUCUUAUUAAGUGCUGGCAACCAGCUAAAAUACUGGCUACUAUGAGGUCUAAGAAGUCUACUUUUUUGGAAAAAUGGGUAUGAAGUGAGGGAGUGAAAGCCUCCAAUUUUGAAUCGUUUACAACACUUGAUUGCCAAUCCGCCUACUUUUACAUCCUACUUGUCCACUUUAAAACUUAAUGAGAACCCUGUAUGUGAGAAUGUGAUCUCACACACCUUCGCAUGUGCACAGUCAUCUCCCUUCACUCUGAUUCUUUGACGGUUGUCCAAAUAAAUGCCAUUCUGUUUCCCCGCAGUCAUUUGUUAUCACUUUUUAAAGUUUAAUAUCCUAAGCAUAGUCAUUUGUUUCAUUUGUCAGUUUUUGAUUGCAAGUAGUUUAUACAGACUGUAGUUUCUAAGUAUCUUCCAAUAUAAUUUGUUAAAAAAGGUAUUUUACCUUGUGCAAUGCUAAGACAUCAACAAUCACCUGUAUGAUCUAAUUAUUCCACUCACACAUGAACCCAUGCCUAAAUAGCAUCCUGUUACAUGUCCAAGACUUUUAAAAGAUCAGAGGAACGUGAUGAUGUUACAUCAUUCUGUGAUUCAAAGAACAAGAUAUUAUAAUAUAUUUUGAUUAUAAUUAGCUUUUUUCUAUUUGCUCAGUGCUACGGAUAUCAACCCAAUUGCUGCUCAGUGUACUUUACAAACAGCUAAGGAGAAUAGCGUAAACAUUUGCUCUGUUGUCACUGACUUGGUAAGCCAGUUAAUCCUUUCACUGCCAAUAGUGACCAAAGUGAAAAAUUCACAAAAAUAAAAUUUGAUUUUUAGUCUCGCUUGCCUUAGCUGGAAGACUCUAAAAAUGCGAAUGUUUCUUUCCAAUGUGUCACAGUGCCAUGCUUUAUUUUGUGAAGAAAGCUUAGGAAAGAUUGAUGUGAAAGAUGUUGAGCUUUUCUGGAAUGAGUUGGUCCAUGAAUUCUAUUGCUUGAAAGCACUGAUUUGUUUGGAACAAGUGAAUACUUCAGUGAAAACUGGUGAGCACCAUGUAAAAGUACUGCGCAAGAGGUUUCAUUUGAAUGGUAGCAGUUUUGUCACUAGACAGGUUUCAAAGUUAAAGUGACAAAUAAUCUUGCCAUAAUGUUGUCUAAGACAAAAAAAAGUUUAAAAUUUUCAAUCUUUUCAUUACCUCUAAUAUGUGUUAACAAUGCACUCUGCACUCCCUUUAAAUUAAAUUUUUUUCACAUGUUUGGUAUUUGCCUCUCCAGGUAGAAUGUCUUGUUCCACAAAUUCUUGGAAAAGUUGAUGUAUUAAUAUUUAACCCGCCAUAUGUUGUCACACCAUCUGAGGAGGUAUGACAAGGUCUCUAUUUGUUAACUUUUUGUUUUAAAAUUAUUGCAUUAUUUAAAGUUUGUAUUUCAUUAUUUUUGACUUGUUAGGUUGGAAGUCAUGGUAUUGAAGCAUCUUGGGCUGGAGGGAAAGAUGGAAGAGAGGUAAAGAUGGACAAGAUAAAAAAUCAUUUGUAAAAAUACAGUACAUGAAACACAUCCGUGAUAAAAAGCGCCAGUCGGGGGUCUAGAAGGGUCGAAACCUCUUGCCUUUUUUACCUUGACUCCCGCGUGACUAGGUGAACUUGGGUUACUGGGGUAACUAAGGUGACUAGGGUAACUAGAGGGACUUGGUUGACAAGGGUGAUUAGGGUGAAUUGGGUGACUACAUGUAGGUUGACUAGGGUAACUUGGGUAACUUGAGUGACUUGGGUGCUUAGGGUGACUAGAGUGACAAAGGUGACUGGGGUGAGUAGGGUGAGUAGGGUGAGUAGGGUGACUUGGUUAACUAGAGUGACUAAGCUGAUAAGGGUGACUUGGGUGACUAGGGUGACUAGAAUGACUUGGGUGACCGGGGUGACUUGGGGUAGUAGGGUGACUAGAUUGACUUGGGUGACCGGGGUGACUUGGGGUAGUAGGGUGACUAGAUUGACUUGGGUGACCGGGGUGACUUGGGGUAGUAGGGUGACUAGAAUGACUUGGGUGACCGGGGUGACUUGGGGUAGUAGGGUGACUAGAUUGACUUGGGUGACUUGGGUGACUACUGACUGAGGUGACUUGGGUGACUAGGGUAACUGGGGUGAUUUGGGUGACUUGUGCGACUAGGGUUACUUGGGUGACUAGGAUAACCAGGGUGACUGCAGUGACUUGAUUGACCAGGGUGACUGGGGUAACUGACUAGGGUGACUAUAAUGACUGAAGGUGACUAAAGUGACUAGGGUGACUUGCGUGACUAUGAUGACUUGGGCGACUUGCAUGACUAGGGUGACUUCUGUGACUUGGGUGACUUGGGUGACUGUGGUGACAACUUGGGUGAUUAUGAUGACCAGAGUGACCAGGGUGACUGUGGUGACUAGGGUGACUGCAGUGACUGCAGUGACUAGAAUGACUAGGGUGACCUGGGUCCGACCUGGGUGAUUAUGAUGUCUAGAGUGACCAGGGUAACUGUGGUGACUAGGUUGACUGAAGUGACUGCAGUGACUAGAAUGACUAGGGUGACCUGGGUGACUGCAGUGACUAGAAUGACUAGGGUGACCUGGGUGAUUUUGAUGACUAGAGUGACUAGGGUGAUCUAGGUGACCGUGUUAUCCCCUACUCUCUAGGUUCCUUUAAAAUUAAAAGUGUGUUGAAGAUAGGCUUUGAUGUGGGAAUUUGAGGGGAUUUAAUUAAUGGUGAGGAUGAUAUUUAAGUGUUUCAUUCUUUUUAAAACAAGCAAGAAAUCUAUACACUUAUUAUGGUGGUCAAUUGUAUAGACUCGCCCUAUUUUGUUUUGCCUUAGGUUAUAGAUCGUCUGCUUCCACUUGUCUCCACACUUCUGUCCAACUUUGGUUGUUUCUAUCUGGUGACUGUAGCUGAGAAUAAACCAGGUAUAUACUGUGUUCGGUUGAUUAGAACAUGGAUCGUUGUUUAUAAAUUAUUAUUUACGCUGAAAUUGGCGAAGGCGCCAUAAUAUUAUAGCACCCAUAUUACUCGGCGCCCAUUGCUAACCCUUUCCUUUUCUACCCAUUUGUUAUAGGUCAUUGUUAUUUCUUUUCUUGGAAACUUUUUUUAAAGUGACUUUUUUUUUUUCGAAAAUAGUUGCUCUUGAUAUGGCAAAAAAAUCUCGUUUCUGGAAAUUAUAUUUUGCGCAGGUCUUGGGUUACAGCUCUUAGGUCAGUGGUAAACAGGUUGGCAGCCUGCGAGUUCUCUUCUCCCGUCCCCCUCUUUUUUUUCCGUUACUGCGCGUCGGCGAUAAAUAAUUUCUAAUUUCACGUUUUAUGGAGGACGUAAACGCAACGCGACGAUGUUCUCUCUAUCUCUAGAAAAAAUGACUCAACAGAAAAGAUUGAAAAGACACAUGAUGAACAACACCCACACCACAACAUAGCCUGUGAGCAGGCUCUCUGGGGCGCUCUGGCUGCGGGGCGGGGAAAGGAAGGAGAGCUUGCAACUACGUCUUUGGACUUUGAAUUCCAUCUCCAUUUCCCUUGUAGCUUCCUGUAGACUGAGCUGUCAGAUUCCCGCCGAUCAGCGUGAAGCGGAAAUGAUCGCGAAUGUAGACAAGCAUUGUAAAACACGUGUUAAGGGUAAUGACGUCAUUACUAAAGUCCGAGUCUUUGCCAAUCAGCAUUUCGCAUCGACUUUUUCGAUGCAGAUAUUCAAAUUCCAGAGACGCACAGUAGUUGCAAGCUCUCCUUCCUUUCCCCGCCCUGCUGCCGGAGUGCCCCGGAGAGCUUGCUCGCAGGCUAAUCACAACGCAAAAGAGGACCAACAAUGGUUUAUGCAACACCAAGAAAAAUCCCAAAUUUCUUUUUAAAGUGACUUCUCGGUGCCAUUGCCAUCGUGGUGGCUUAGGUAAUUAAAUGAUGAUGAUGAUGAUGAUCUGUAAACCUUUCUUUUAUUUUCAGUUGAGAUCAUUAAGUUAUUAAAAUCCUAUGGAUUACACGGUGAAGUUUCCUUGACAAGAAAGGCUGGAAGGGAAAGACUCUCGAUUCUCAAAUUUACAAAGCAGACGGGAGGGAGUUCUUUGAGAUAACAGGUGAUAAUUCUUUUCACGUAAAAUGUAUUGUUUGUUUCAAAGAUACAGAACACCUAGGGGGCUACUCAUUUGAUUUGUUUACAAGACACCGAACUGAAAUUUCGUUCCGUAGAAGCCAUUCCGGAAUGAGUUCAUUCCGGUUUUUAAUCCGAAUGAAAGUCUCGUUUUGGUACGAAAUUUCAUUCUGGUAUUUUGUAAACAUAAAACGAACUGGAUUGAAAAUCGCAUUUAUCGUGUAGUCUGGGGCGAUUGGCCAAUGCCUAUCUGAUGAGAUCUGGCACGUCGUGCUGCGUGGGAAAUUUGAUUCAACCAAUCAGAAGCACAACCUAGAUCUAGGUAGGGUAGGGAGACCAGCGGUGGCAUCGCGAAAUGCGGCUGUUUUCUCACUGUUUUCUCAGGUUAAAGUGCAUUUUGUUACAUUUCUUAACCGUCCCUGUACAACUACGACGACAAAUUUCUUACUUUCGCAUUAGAUGUAGGACACUAAAAAGAAAAAGACGAAUUUCUCGUUUUCUUUUUAGACCUUGGCUGCGUGCAAUGUAAGAAUUCAACUUCAGGAAAAUUUCGCCCACAUUUGACAGCUUCAGCUAUUUGUGAUAUUAUUGCGAUGAUUUGAAAAUUCACUUGAUAAGUUUGCGUAACCUGUCGCCAUCUUGACAUCCCAAACUUCCUAAUCACGUGACGGCUAAUAAGUUUCUAUACAAAUGAGCCAUUCAGGUAUUUAUACGAACGUACAAUUUUGUACAAAACAAUUCAAAGUUCCUUGAGUAUGAUAUUAAAGAUAAACUGACGUGGGAGCGAUGUUUUGAAACAUAUGUUCAUACAUAAAUGUAUGUCAUUGUAAUUACGAAUUUCAGGGAGGAAACACAUAUCAUAGUCUCAUGCAUUAAUCAAAAUGAAAUACUAUGCUAGAACGAGAAUGGACAGAAAAAAUUUGUGACUCGUCCUGGCUCUUAAUCUUGUAGUAGCAUAAAAUUUCACUGAAGAAAGAUCGAUCGAGGCUACAGCGGUUGUUGAACAGUAGAAUUUAGCCAUAUAAGCAAGUGGGAAACGUGGGUUUUGACCAUAUUGUGCAGAAGAUUGCCUGUCUAAAUUUGGAUGAACGUUGGCUAAAUGGUGCUUUCGGGAUUAAUGCACGAUAUAACAGUUUGUCCAUCCGGAAUUGAAAAUUUGAUUAAUUCAGUAUUAUAAAGGAAAUGAAAACUUUUUAUUUAUUUUUUUUAAGGGUGCAGUUGAUAGGGGACACCAAGAGAGAACUAACGACAUAAACAAGCAUUUCCGUAAUAAAAAAUUGUUAAAAAACUAGGUUAUAUGUACAUUUUUUAAAUCCUUCAUUGGAAAUGUAGAAGGACAAACUAUAUGAAUUAUUUACAUCCUCCUAGCACUAGAAUUGUCAAAACCAAAUAUGGUACUUAAUUCUUUAGUGCAGUGGCUAUGCCAUGGAUAUAUAUGUACGUAUAUGUCGGUCGUUCGACUGUCCUGAUAUUUCUCUUUCUGCAGUUCUUAGAUUUCUGGAAAGCUUUGACCGAAUUGCAGGCCCUAAGCAUUUUAUGGAAUACAAAACAACUUAUGGGGAUUUUCUUUUUCUUUCUUUUUUUUCUUUUUCUUUCUUUCUCUUUUUUUUAAAAUGAAUACUACGUGCUUACGUACUACGUAUUUUUUAAUAUUCUAAUAUGAAUACUACGUGAUCUUAAACUCAAUGUGUUCGUUUCCUUUUCAUUUGUUUGACUCUUUGGGUUUGUAGCGUCAAUAGGAAGUUUAAAGCACUGAACUGUUUACCCAGAUGUUUUCUCAGACUUUUGAAGGCAAAUUUUACUGGAGAGGUCAUGAUCACACCCCAUGCCCGUUUUGGUUUCUUUACAUGCAGCAGCCUUUUUUUCUUCAGUUCUUUAAAAAAAGAAAUGGGACAGUUUUACUGGUUUUCGUAAUUGUCCUGCUUUGAAUUAAUAUCCACGAAUAAGUAUUCUGUCAAGCAUUUGCCCUCGUAACAUUGUGGAUUAAGUCUUCGUUGGCGUUCGUCGUGUCACUGGUGCCCGUAGUCAAAUACGGAAUAUCAAUAUCUAAUUUGUGACUACGGAUACUUUCUAUUAAAACUUCGCUGAAAAUUAACUGGUCGUAUCUCUUUUAGUCCUUUUUUGCGUGCACGUGAUAUUAAGGUAUGUAUUUUCCUUGGUGUGUUCUUUUAUUUUCUUCACUGCCGUAGUUUUAUUGUUAAAAAGGUUUGAUUUUCACUCCUAAGGUAUAAAACUUAGCUAUCGUAAAAAGGAAUUUUUUCCAGUAGUGAUUGAAACAAUAAUUAUAAACUUCAUUCCAAAAUAACUCGAAAACCUUCUCAUAGGUUUUGCUCAAACUUAAGGAAUAUUGAGGCGGCUAUGAAAGGAACAGGCUCCGACCUAUGAACGGUUUUGGGAAAAAAUCUCGCAGUGCCGAGAAAUACGAUUUAAGGUAAAAUAGGUAAUGACGACGUUACGUUGCUGUGAAAAUAACCGAUGUCGAUAUAACGCUGAUCGUAACAAAUUUCCUCUUUGUUUAACACAGCUUUAGUAGUCGUUUCCCUAAAUUUUUGUUAUUGGCGACAUAGUUUAUCCUUAAGCUAGGGAGGUACUGCCCCUGAAAAAUUCAAGGCAUUCAAAGUUUUGAUUUUCUUGAAGUAUUUUUUAUUAUUUGAGAAGUUACAUUAUACACUCAACAAAGUGUUAAUUCUUUCGAUUUCCAGAAAUCUCGAAGUAGUUUUAAUGACGGUUUAUGAGCUAUACUAUACAGAUGCAAACUCUGUACCCCGGUCAAAUCCAUAGAUCGUUUCCACAUGACGUCAUGGCGGCCAUAUUGGUGUACAAACCAAUGAAGCGGCGGCCAUGUUGAUGUACCAAAACAUCCAGUGGGGAUUGAACCCUUUUCUAAUGUAAAAACUUUUCUUUUAUUUCGAGAAAUUUGCAAAGGCACUGAUCACUUGCGUGAAAACGAUCUGUAGGUAAAGUGUCAAUCAUUUUUAUGUUACACUUCUUCAGAACUUCAACAAAAUGUUGGAAGGCCAAGAUGAUCAGUCGUGUCUUGUUCCAGGGAUUUCCGUAUCAUUUCAGAAGCGUUACUUCUACUAUAUAAACAAGCUUUCGCCAAUCACGCUGCUGUUGAGCAUUUGGUGUUUUGUAUCGAAUGCAGCCGUCAUCAUAGCGUUAUUGAGAAGUGGAAUCAAGUACAUUCGUCCAGGCCUGUUAAUGCUAUGCAGUCUCUCUUUCACCGAUCUUUUUCGGAGUGCAGUUGUUAGUUUGACGAUUUGCGUUUUCAGAUUGAAGCACCUUCUAAAUAGUCAAGUUUGCCAAGUAUACUCGGAAAUGGAGACGAUGCCACUGUCAAGUGCUUUUGUGAUUAAUUUCAUUUGUACUAUCCUAAACCUAACAAUUAUUAGCAUUGAUCGAUACCUAGCUGUCAAACGCUUUUCUCAAUACAAGUUCCUGGUCACCUGGCGUCGGGCCCUCGUCGCUUGUGCAGCAGUUUGGGUGCUGUCCUUUACAGCCGGGAUUGUUACGGAACUAUCUGGUAGAGAAUCAAAGCUUACAAAUGUCCUGUUACCUGCAAUUUCCAUCCCUUCAGCAGCAAUCAUCACCAUUCUUCAAGUCAUGACAAUUCGUCUCCUUCGUCGCCACAACAGGGCUCUUGCUGGCAUGAUGGAGGAAAGUAAUGAAACAAACCCUGUUGACACUGUGAAUGCCGCCAUUGAACGCAGACUGAGCAAAAUAACAACAUACGUCGUGGGUGUAUUGGCAUCGAUCUUCAUUCCUUGUGGUGUUAUCAAUUUCAUAACAGUCGUUUCAAAAACAAAUUAUACAGAGCUUCUGGGUCCUGUUCUUAUUCCUCUAUUGAUUUUGUGGUCAAUUAUAAAUCCGGUGUUGUAUUAUCGUGGAAACGAAAAUGUGAAGCAAGGAAUACUUGGGCUAAUUAAACUUAUUAAAUGUAAGCAAGCAGUUGUUAGUUAGAUUACUUCCUGUUUUUAACUCCAGAAGUAAGAGUAUGAGAUCUGAUGUAACAUACGGAAAUGAGGGCAGAGUUGCUUAUUGAAAAAGUCAGCAGUCAGUCAAUCAAUCAAUCAGUCGUUCAAUCAGUUGGUUCAUUGAUCUGUAUAGUCGGUAUAGUCGGAGAUUUUUGCGGUUAAUCAACCGAUGACGUCAAAAGUCCAGCUUGCUUGCAUGUUAAUGCAUCAUUAGCCGAGAAGACCUGGGGACGAGGUUGAGUUGUUUUGGUUGUGAAACAAAAAUGACCGAUAUUUCACUCUUUUCAAGAGUAAGAACUAGCCGAAAUAAUAGCUAAAAAUAUGGCAAGAACAGCAAGGAGACAAGUCGAAGGGCGACAUCUACUAUUUGGAGAAUAUUUGCGGAGCUGAACAACCCUAAACGUGCACUAGCAUGUUUUAGCUAUGUUUUUAAAGUAGGAACUAUUUUGAAUGACUAAUAAAACAAUGAUUGAAUUCGGCUUUCGUAUCAUAUGAAGAAUUAUGGAGAUCUCGGAGGGUGUUAUCCGCCUUCUCCUACGGCCUCCUCCUCGAUCUCCAUAAUUCUUGAUAAGAUACUCAGCCUCAUUCAUUAAUUGUUAAAUAAUUUAUUAAUUUGCUAUAGCGCUUUUGACCGUGUUGCACGUAGUCACGUUUUUGUUUUAAUAAAGUUAACAGGAUUUUUAUGUGAAACUGUGAAAAAAGUAGGUUGUGUUUGAUCGUCCGGGUUUAUGUUACAGACGAAACUUUUGCGUCCUUAACGCAUGUUUCCUGGUUUAGCCGUCUUAAAGAAUGGUUAAAAAGGAAAAAUCAAUGAGUUUAGAUCCGGAUGAGGAUUAUCUCAGUUUUUAUCGUUGUACCCACACUACAGGAACGGUGACAUGCCAUUUGCGCAGUACCGUCUAAUUGGAGGUUUCAUCAGUACCUUUGAAGCCCAAUGAUUCUGAUCCGGAUUGUCCGAAAGAAAGCGGCCUUAAUAAACAAAACAACAAUUCUGUACGUUCAUGACACGUUUGGUUCUUUUUUUUUUACCGUCUCAAAUUUCGCCAUUCAAGAAGCAUACGAAACACACAAGGACGAAAUUUUCUUUCUCUUUUUUGACUUGGAUACUUUUUUAUAGUGCCACCUUCAGGGCAUUUCGACUAGAUUUGACGACUUCAAUUCAGAUGGCUGAGAUGAAAAUAAUUGCGAUGAAAUUUGAAAAGAACGCCAAGUUUACUUGGUAGGUUUUUGCUCCCUGUCGCCAUCGUGAUUUGUCUAGUUACCUGAUCUCGUGACGGGUAAUGAGUUCUGUGCAAAUCAUCCAUUCACGCGCUUUUCAUAUUAAAAAGAAUGCAAAGAAUAAAUCAAAAUUCCUUAAUUAUAAUAUUAAAGACAUUGCCGAACGAGGGAUACUUCCUGUGAAUAUGGUCAUACAUAUAUGUAUCUCGUUGGGGUUGCAAGGAAAAACAUGUUACAAAUUCUCGUGGUGGGGUGGAAAUGAAAAUGUGAUUGAACGAUCUUCUGCAGACCUCGUUUCCUUAAACCAUGCGCCUAUAACACAAAAAUUCGCUUUAAUAAGCAAGAUGGAUUGAAAAAUAGGUUGUCUUAUACGUGAGCAAAUUGAAUUCUUCCCUGGUGAGUCAGAGGCUUUAUAUUGUUAUUGUUAUCGAGGCUACUGCGGUUUUUAAUCAUUAGAAUUGAGCUGAUUAAGUCAGUACUAGGUAACGUGGUUUUUGACCAAAAGCGAGGACAAUUUCGGGUUUAAAUAUGGAUCCGAUGACAGUUUGGCUAUAUAGAAUUGUAAGGCACACGCAAAGAUAGUUGAUAUUUGUCCAUAAGGAAUUGAAAGUUUUAUAAUUAUAUUCCUGUAUUCGUAACUGCUUUGCUUACUAAAUACUGCGUGAUCGCAAGCCAGUCUUUUCCGUUUAUUUUUAUUUUUGUUUUGACUCUGAGUUUCUGAAACGUAUAUCCAAACAAAAAUCAUUGUUGCAUUCUUACGUUUUGAAGGCAAUUUUAGCUAAUUUUCUUUCCCCUGUAGUGUUUCGUUUACGUACAACAGCUGUUUGCAUAUGUUGCUGUUUUUAAAUGGAACAGUGUUUCUAGUUUACAUAAAUGCUUUUUUGAUUUUAUCACGAAUUAGUAGUCUGUCAAGAAUUUCCCCUGGUGACAAUUUGUGCUAAUUUUUCUUCCGCGGUCGUCACACUGCUGGUGACACAUAGUCCUAGCACGGAAUAGCGACUGGUCAUUCUGUCCUGCUCGUGGUUACGGUAACUCUCUACAAAAACUGCAUUUUAAAAAAAAAAUAGGUGGCUGCUUCUAUUUGCGCGAACGUGACAAAAAUAUUGGCCUCUUAAAACAUCAUGUAAUUAAGGUACGAAUUUUUUUUCUUUCUCUGUUAUUUAAUUUUCUCAACUAAGACAAUUUUAACCGUUAAAAAAGGUCUAACUUACGCUUGACUUUCACGCGAAAGGUAUACAACUGAACUUUGUAAAAUAGUUUUACUGAAACAAAUAACAGCCUCGUAUGUUAUGUUGGUUACAAAAUUUUCGUAUGUCGGAAUAAUUCAACAGGACAAAUUGGAUGUUCCCAAAUUUAUAUUAUCCUCUUUUCUAGUUAGAAAAAAAAAAGUUAAAGGUGAAAAUUGGGGUUCUCCUAUAGUAUUUUUUCACUAUAUCGUCUUUGCGCUGUGGUUUGUCGCUUGAAUUUAGUCCCUCGAUGAAUGCGACGGAAAAAACGUAUAUUUCACAUGUUAGUAAAACGUAAUUUUUCUUGCAGCAUUUUGUUGUCUAGCUACCGGUGUUUAUUUUUCGUCGUGUUUUAAAAAAUGUGCAACCUAUUUUUAUGGUUUUAGCAUUCAGUUUUACUUCCACCCGGAGGCCAUGAAAAACGUAUAUUAAGCGAGAAGAAUGAAAUGUAAUUUUCAAGCUGUUGCUGGGACACCAAGACGAGAAAACUUUCAAUUGUAUCUUACCGAAUGGUUAAAUUUAUACCCUUUUUUAUCUUCUUUCACACAAUCUAUGGUCGUGCUAUUGCUUAACCAGCCAAGCUACGUAAACGCUAGAAUAAAUGCGCACUAUAUUCAGCGGAAUAUUUCAUUCGUUCUACGCUCCUACAGUAUUUGAUUUGAUAAUAAUAGUAUUACGAUGUAUUGCGUUUAUCGCUGAUAAUAUUUGAUAGUACGAGUGGUGGUCCACAGUUUUACUCUCGCUGUUGUUUUAUUUUGUUUACCGUUUCAUAUCCCAGCAAAUGAACCUUUGUCUUCCCCAUGGUCUUUUCUAUUUUAAUUAACGCCAGUUUAAACAAAAUUUAUAAGUUUGCAAACAAACUGGCACCAAACUGAGCUAAAUGUAUUAUUUUAAAAUUAACAGCUUGUUGCCUCGUCUUAAGUCAUAAAAAAUUAACACUGAAGCCACAUACAAAAUUUACGUGUGUAAACCUGGAGCGUGGAAUAUAAAUGACGUGAAAGACUUUUGUCCGCCGGAGGCUAUUAUUGUCUACGAAGGGAUAACUAAGCCGCGGAAAUAGCACGUCUUUUUCGCCAAUGAAGCUUUUUUGUUUUACGAACCAGUUUAAAACGUAAGACCGAUAAAAACACAGACAAUAUCAAGGUUAAACCUGCGUUAGAAAAGAGAACACUGAAAAACUAUUAAUACGUCAAAACUAUCAUGAUAAAUUACUUGUUUGGGCAAAAAACUUACGUUGUAUUUCUUUACGAAGGAAAAAAAUUGAAAAAAGAAAAAGAUUGAUUAAAAUUAAAGAAGGAAAGAAGCUGAGAAAGCUUUUCGUGCGUAAAGAAAGCUUAAAAGGAGAAACAUCGGAUUUACGUGUGUACGGAAAAGAUUAAUUGGCUGUCAAUUAGAAGUAAAAUUAAAGUCUUGCUCAAUUUCAGGUGUUUGAGAAUGGUAAGAAACACUUUUGCGCGUUGAGGAAGACGAUUAAUUUGAAUACACACAACAACCUUGCACGUACUGGGGAAACGUUUUAUAAAAGAUAUGCUUUUGCGCGUAUAUUUAAAGGAUAUUUUGACAUUUAUUAGCAAACAAAGUUAACCAUCUCUCGAAAAAAAUGUUGAUAAUCUCUCGAGAAAUUGGGACCAGUAGUAUGUAAUAAAGGAGACAGGCUGUAACCAGUUCAAGUUUAUAUUAAAAACUGUACAGCCUCCGAUACCCAAGGGAAACCACUUAAACCUAUUAAUAUGGCAGAAUGCAUUGCAGGCAAAUAAUCUUGUUUAUUGUUAAAAAUCAUGACCGAGCGCGAAGCCAGGGGUUGUUAUUUAUAAGAAGGCCGAGGAGAGAGGGCAUUCUCCGAAUUAAUGCACUUUUCCAUUGCUUUCAACCAGCAGGUCAUUAUUGUGGCCACUGAAGUGGAACAGUAGGUUAUUCAUUCAUUCAUUCAUUCAUUCAUUCAUUCAUUUUGCCAUUAACCAGAAAUAUAACAACAGUAUACAGAAAUACAUUAACGAUAAUAUGCAUCCUACUGAUGAACAGUUGCGACACGUAGAUAUAUAGAGGAUAUUACACGGUGGUGCGAAGAUAUGAAUUUUAUUUUCGAGAGGCAAAACAGUAUUUUACGAACGAGGGCAGCGAGUGAGUAAAAUAUUGUUUUUGCCACGAGAAAAUAAAAUUCAUAUCUUCAAGCCACCGUGUAAUGUUCUUUUUAUUAUAUAGACAAAAAGACAUCGAUGAAAUAAUAGAGGGAAAUGACCAAAAUUACGUCAUCGAUAAACUCACGUGUGAGAUUAUGGAAAAUAAACCACUCGGGUCCCGGAUGUUGUUUUUAUGAAUUUUACGAGUGGUAUAUUUUCCAGUAAAACACUCGUGUCUAUAUAAUAAAUAAAUAUAUUUUUAGCAACUAAUAUAAUUUGCAGUCUGUCUACUUUGAAUACAAUAUUCCAACUAAAUUAUUUACAAGAUCAAAUGUGGUUAAGGCAAGAAAGCCUAUAUAGAAGCCGGGGGCUUAUGAAACUAUAGGGUAAACCAUACAAGUUAACUAAGGGUACUGAAUGAAAAUUUGGAUUAAUUUUUCGUAAAAAUGACCUCCUGUUCCACUUCUAAUCAGUGACAUGCUCAUCCAUUUAUUGGUAAUAAAAAUAACCUGUUCAAAACAAUGGAUAGGUGCAUAAAGGGACUAUAAAAACACUAUGGCCCCUUGCUGUGGGUGAAUUUCAUUUUUUGAAGUCAAUGGAAAACCAACAUAUAUUAUCCUUUUACAGUUUCACAGACGUUAAAUUUUGACAAGUUCCUGUACUUCUUGACUUGUUGGGCCCUAAAGCUGACUAGUCUGCUGUAUUAGAAGGGACGUGCUCUAGAAUCAUGGGAAGUCUUCAGUCAAGAGUCUGUAUUCUUGGAGCAGCAUUGGUGGUACUAUUUUCCGUAACAGCCGUGUUGCUCAACGGUCUUCUCUUGAUUCUGCAGUGGAAAGAUCCAACGAAAUCUCUGCGAUCGACAGCAAUGCUGUACUUCGUUUUUUUGUCUGCGUUCCAUGUCCUAUAUGGCGCCUGCGCUGGAACAGCGGCUGCAGAGAGCUACAUAACAUGCGCACUGGGUGGAAGUGACUCACCCCACUUGGAAAGAAACUUUUCCAGAAUAUGUCUAACGUUUUUUAUUCGUGCAGAAAACUUUCUCAUCCUCGCUUUUGCUGUUGAACGCCUAGCAAGCAUUGCCUUUCCAGUUCUCAAUCGGCGAGAAAGUGAUAAAACCAAAAAUACUUUGUUGUGCUUGGUGUGCAUCUCACUCUUCUCGUUGUCUUUUUCUGUCUUUGAUAUUUUUGAAGGAAAAUUCUGGGUACGCCGUUUGGACGUGCAUUUAAACAGUAUCAUUCCUCUUAUAGUAAGUGUAGUUUUAACCUUCAUUCUGUGGAGAUCACUUCGAAAACUGCGCCUGCCAUCAACAGACAAAGAAGACAACAAUGGCAUUUCCUCUGAGAGAACGGAAGAAAACUUAGCCUUAGCAAGAAGUCUAAAGGAACAAAUGCCUCUAGCUAGGGCAUUUAUUUUUAUAGCAUCGCUGUACUCCAUUUCUGUGAUUACCUACUUCGUUAUUUCAUUGAUUGAAGUGUAUUGUUCGGAGUGUUGGAGAAGGGAAUGGUUUUUUGCGGCACUAAGAUUUUCAAUCGCGAUGCACUUUAUGCAUUUGUCAGUCAGCCCACUGGUUUGUUUUGUUUUUCUACCGAACCUUCGAGCAAGAUUCAGAAUCAUGUUUUGCGGCAAACGAGGAGAAGAACAGAUCGAAAUGGAAAAUCUCCAUCACAAUAAUAAGAAGCUUGGAACUGUUCCUGUUAUAUACCUCUAA